ACGUGACUACGGCCUUGGCCGCGGAAGGUGGCAGCCGUCACGCCCUUCUGGCCUCUCCAUCCCCUGCUGCGGCAGACCGCGCAAGCGCAGUGACUACUGCACAUCGUCGCGGGCCAGUAACGUCAUCAGACGUUGCGGACCAUGCGUGUGUCCCUGCGGCGCCAAGUAAGAGGUGGAGCCUGAGGCCGGGAACAGCGGGCGGCAUGACCUGCUGUGGGCUCUUCCUGCGCACCGCGGCUGCGGCUCGUGCCUGCCGGGGUCUGGGGAUCUCUACCGCGAACCGGCGGCUACUGCGCACCAGCCCGCCUAUACGAGCUUUCGCCAAAGAGCUUUUCCUAGGCAAAAUCAAGAAGAAAGAAGUUUUCCCAUUUCCGGAAGUUAGCCAAGAUGAACUUAAUGAAAUCAAUCAGUUCUUGGGACCCGUGGAAAAAUUCUUCACUGAAGAGGUGGACUCCCGAAAAAUUGACCAGGAAGGAAAAAUCCCAGAUGAAACUCUGGAGAAAUUGAAGAGUCUGGGGCUUUUUGGGCUGCAAGUCCCAGAAGAAUAUGCUUGUGAAGUCCAUUUUGAAAACACCAAGGUACCAGUGGAAAACAUCCUUGGAGAGGUCGGAGAUGGGUUUAAGGUGGCCAUGAACAUCCUCAACAGUGGCCGGUUCAGCAUGGGCAGCGCCGUGGCUGGGAUGCUCAAGAGAUUGAUUGAAAUGACUGCUGAGUACGCCUGCACAAGGAAACAGUUUAACAAGAGGCUCAGUGAAUUUGGAUUGAUUCAGGAGAAAUUUGCACUGAUGGCUCAGAAGGCUUACGUCAUGGAGAGUAUGACCUACCUCACAGCAGGGAUGCUGGACCAACCGGGCUUUCCCGACUGCUCCAUCGAGGCGGCCAUGGUGAAGGUGUUCAGCUCCGAGGCUGCCUGGCAGUGUGUGAGUGAGGCGCUGCAGAUCCUCGGGGGCUUGGGCUACACGAGGGACUAUCCGUACGAGCGCAUACUGCGUGACACCCGCAUCCUCCUCAUCUUCGAGGGAACCAAUGAGAUUCUCCGGAUGUACAUCGCCCUGACGGGUCUGCAGCAUGCUGGCCGCAUCCUGACUGCCAGGAUCCGGGAGUUUAAACAGGCCAAAGUGACCACAGUCAUGGAGACCGUUGGCCGGAGGCUUCGGGACUCCCUGGGCCGAACUGUGGACCUGGGACUGACAGGCAACCAUGGAGUUGUGCACCCCAGUCUUGCGGACAGUGCCAACAAGUUUGAGGAGAACACCUACUACUUCGGCCAGACCGUGGAGACACUGCUGCUCCGCUUUGGCAAGACAAUCAUGGAGGAGCAGCUGGUGCUGAAGCGGGUGGCCAACAUCCUCAUCAACCUGUAUGGCAUGACGGGUGCUGUCGCGGGCCAGCCGCUCCAUCCGCAUCGGGCUACGCAACCACGACCAUGA